AUGCCUUCCCUUUUUAUUGCUGUAAAAGAUAUCCAACCUAUACACAAACUUAGAGGUAUUAGAGUACGUUGUGUAAGGGUGUAUGUAGUGCCUGAAAGUAGGGGAGGAGGGAAUACCAUCAAGAGUAUGGAGUGUUUGCUCCAUGAUGAUCAGGGAGAUUAUAUACAUGCCAAUAUUCAGAACACAGAUAUCACACAAUACAAGUAUAUGCUUAAGUUCAAUUACAAAACAGAAGUCAAACUGAUAAAUUCUAAAGGGUUUUCCCUGCAUAUGUUUCGGUUGACCAGUUUUGUUUCUUUGAAAGAUCCAAAUGAAGUAAAUGAAAAAGAACUCAUUGAUGUUAUGGAUCGUGUAGUGGAGAUCUAUAAUCCUGUUGACAAGAUUGUGGGUGGUAGAGCAGCAAAAUUGAUUGACUUUCAAAUAUGUGAUAAUGCUGACAAUUACUUGAUGUGUACCUUGUGGAAUUCUCAUGUGGACUCUCUACUGCCAUAUUACAAUUCUGAUUCGAAGGAACCAUUGAUUGUAGCUAUUCAGUGCUGUGAGGUUAGAAUAACAUCAUCAUAUGAUGCAACUAAGCUAUGGUUUAAUGAGGAGUUUGAUGAGUUCAAGGACUUCAGAUUCAAUUUCGGCACUGGCACUCUACACUCACAGUCAACAGGGAUUGAACGUUUCCAAAAUGGUGAAACAAUUGAUGGUCAGUAUUUUGUUCCUGCUGAAAUAAUUGCUAUAGAGGCUUCAAGAGGUGAGUGGUACUACAUGGCCUGCAUGAAACCUGGCUGUAACAAGAAACUCAAAGAAUUUGAAGGGUCCCUAGUAUGUGACAAGUGUGAAAAACACUACCAAGAAGGUACAGCAAGGUAUAAAAUUUUGGUUAGAGUUUUAGACAAAACUAAGGAUGCACCAUUCCUGCUUUGGGAUUGUGAAGUGGCUGAUUUGGUUGGCAUUCCAACUGCUCUUUUGUAUCAAAAGUACAAACAAGUAUUUUCUAAUAUUAACCUUUUUUAA